AUGAAGAAAAGCAGGAGUGUGAUGACAGUCACGGCCGAUGAUAAUGUUAAAGAUUAUUUUGAAUGUAGCUUGAGUAAAUCCUACAGUUCUUCUAGUAACACACUUGGGAUCGACCUCUGGAGGGGGAGAAGGUGCUGCUCAGGAAACUUGCAGUUGCCACCACUGUCUCAAAGACAGAGCGGAAGGGCAAGGACACCUGAGGGAGAUGGCAUUUCCAGACCAACCACGCUUCCUCUGAUGACACUGCCAAGCAUUGCUAUUACAACUGUAACCCAGGAGUGGUGA